AACAAAGUCUUCCCCACACGACAGUAGAGGGGAUGAAGAAGAGAGAGAGCCUUUUUGGCUUUCUCCUUUUUACUGAACUGAAAACCUUCUCGAAUUUCUGAAAAUCAGAUCGGAAUUGUCAAAUUUAAUUCCUUUGCACUGAUAGUUUCUAGCUGGAAUAGUUGGAACUUGGAAUAGUCGCGAAUGGCAGAAAAAUGCAUAAACAUCAAAUAGUUUCACUGGAUAGCAAGAUAAUUGAAAGAAAGAAAUGGGAGGUUGCUGUUGUUGUUCCUCAAGAAGAUCUCAACUGGAUCAGACAUACUAUUACUGCCCAGAAGCUUUGGAAGAACGUGAAUCCUUAACAGCUCAUCAUGGUGCAGCAUCUGCACUUUCUACCGGACUCUUAGUUAAUGCAAAUCUAGAAACAUCAAUCCCUGACACUUAUCGAGCACCUCCUCCACCUCUGCCAUAUGAUGUGGAUUUGGGACGUCCACAAACUCUACCAUCUACUCAGGAAGGAAGUGCCUUCAAGCACAACUCUUCUGUGCAGACAACAAAUACUGAGGCUGUCGAAGAAACCUUAAGUGGCUGUGGUGUUGAAACCUUGGCUGCAUGUGAAAGUGUAAAGGAAUCAGAUUGCAAAGGUGAAACCAAGUCUGUGCUUUCUUCACCAAAGGAAUCUGAUGUUGAACCUUCAAAAUUGAGUGAACCCAUUGUUUCAGCAACAGAAGAGGAAGAUGCUUGCCCCAUAUGUCUUGAAGAAUAUGGUGCAGAGAAUCCAAAAAUAAUCACAAAAUGCGACCACCAUUUUCACCUUGCAUGCAUUCUUGAAUGGAUGGAAAGAAGUGAUACUUGCCCCGUGUGUGAUCAGGAAAUGAUAUUCAAUGAUACUGUUAAUGCAUAAAAAGCAAAUAUCUGCAAGGUGAAGAGAUUUUUUUCAGCGGAAAGGACUAUGGAGGAAAGGGGUUUCUCUGUUUGGUGGUGAUCUAUGGGAGUUAUGGAUUGGGCUUUAUAUUGGUCAUGUCAUUUUUAGGGGAGAAUUGUGUCUAUUCCAAAUGUCUUGCGUUUUUCUGGGUUCUUUUUGACUUGUCAAAUGUAGAGGGAAGGGGAUUGACACAAUAUGAAAAACCUGGCUUGUUUCCGCCAUAUUACCUUCUCCCAUUUCUAGACCUUGAUUGUGAGGGCUUCAAUGGAUUUUGGAGAUUAAAAGAUGAAUGAUGCAGAUUGUGCAUGCAUUGAAUGAAAGGGAGCUGGUUGUGAGGCUUGCUUUUUUGAAGGGGGAAAAGUAAACUCUGGGGUUUUUAUUUGUUUUUUGUUCUGGCUGAUUUUUGAGGGUCUAUUACCCCUUUUUGUACAGCAUCGACUUUAAUCUUCAAAUAUAGGUGCUUGGAUCAAUUGUCUUGUUUUCCAUUGGAUCUGUAAAUUGUAUAUGAUCACUUAUUCUCAUGUUUUUUAUUUUCUUUUUUUUUUCCCGAGUCCUGUCUCUCGGUUAGUAGGUCUUUGGUCAGUGUAUAGAAAUACAGUAAUGAUAAAUAAGUACUUUGUAUUUAAACGAA